UAACAAUAAUUCGAGACUUCAAUGAAAAUUAUGAGUUUAUAUCCGAUCUUGUAAUUUACGAAAUUGUUAUAAGUCUUCAGGUGCAAUAUACAGAUGCAACUUAAAUAUAUUUCUACAUUGUAAGAAUCGUAAUUAAUCGUAGUAAUUGCUAAAUAGUUGCCUAUUCAGUGUGAAUUUCCCUAAAAUUUGAACAUUUCUAUUCAUAUUUAGAGAACGAGGAAUUUCAUCACUCCCGAGACGAGUGUUAGAAUCAGGCCUGUGGAAUCGCGUAAAAAUCUACCGACUCCGACUUAUAUACAUAACAAGUUGGUAAGUAAAAGGGAGUCGGAGUCGGCGGAUUUUUUGACGACUCCGACUCCAACACCAAAACUCCACGACUCCAACUCCACAGCCCUGGUUAGAAUAAAGUUAAUGUUUCUUCGCGCAUAUUUUAAAUAUACUAAAAUUUUUUAGUUAUAUGUUAUUCCUAUUGCUCUCACAAUUUUAAAUAUUUAAACUUCUUUAAAUGAUUAUCAGAGAAAAAAACAUGAAAACUGAAUUAAGUGACCAAAACAAUUCAGGAUCGUAAAUUUAAUAAGCAAAUUUUUAUUUAUAAUUUUUUAACAGUAUUAAGUCACGUGUCAUUCAUUUACUUAAAAUAUUCGAAGUUCGAUUCGAUUCUAUAAGAGAAUUUCUCAAUAAAUUGAAGGGGGGAAAAUGGCUCGAGAUUUACAGAAUACAUCGUACAGAUUCGAGAGAAUUCGACCGAAAAUAUUUUACGAGCAUGGACUUGAAUCUAAUAUUAAAAAUAAGAUGGAGAAAGACAUUGCACGUCUAGAGAUGAUCGUAAAUCAAGAAAAAUUUGCUUGUUGGAAGAGCAAUUGGCUGGAAUGUGAUCACCAAACCAGCAAAACUUUCAGUGGUUAUAGCAAAAUUAUGGCUGAAGAAACUGCAAAAGAUAGAAUGGCCAUCAAUUGGAUGAGAAAACUAGCAUUGAUUGAUCUUUACUGCAGUGAAAUGCAUCAAUACUGUGAAGAGUUGAGACAAAAAGGAAAAAUGAUUGUUUACUGGUGAUUGUUUCUAGAUUAAAAACAAAAACAGAA